AAAUGAGACACUAUUCUAGCGAUCUAUCAGACAUCCGUGCCUAGACAUGUUCGCUGGACGCGCCGCUGCGCUCAAAUCAAUCAGAAACAUUUGACAUCAGCCAAUAUUCAGCUCUUACUACUUUGGGCUGGAAAUUAAAGCUGAAUAGAAGGUCCUUCCGUUCCUCAUAGUGGUUGGGAUCGAGAUGGCUUCCCCGAUCUAGAGCCAAUAUCGUUAGGGGUAGCCGAAGAUCAGCUUGAGUUCGUGAAUACAAGAGGAGCCAACGUAUUUCUAAAUGACUUAAGAGGGGAGACAAACCUGAGUGAGCUGUUCCAAUAACUUUUCAUCCAUAGAUACCUAAUGUUGGGACUUCGUAGAAUAGAGCAAAGUCUGCGGAACCGCAGGUCCAUUUCUUCCUCCCACUCCUCGCAGCAUUCCGCAGAAGAUACAAAGACAGAACCAACUAUGCCUUCUCUCGUCAAUGGUAGCCAGGCGUCCUCGGACGUAGUCAAGCAGACUACUACGUCCACGAACAAUGUGGAUGUUAGCAGUUCUACCGCUAUUCAGACAACUAAUCACUCCGAACGUAGAUCCUCAAUGCGGAUCCAGGUUACUCAAACUAUUAAAACAACCAAGAGGGUCAGGGCAAGGCUAGUCCACGAGUUAGAUGAGGUCGAUGAAGCAUACCUUCAACGGAUUGACCUCCAGGCCUAUCUACGACACAUCGCAAAUGAGCGUAUUUUUCAUAUGCCCAAGCGAGGUAGCCAGUGGGAUCAAGUUCUGAAGGAAGCCGAAUUCUUUGGACUCCAAAUCGACGAGUUUACCGCAGCGGUUCAGGAAUUCAUUACCGAUAGUAUAACCACGAGGGAUACCGCACUUGCGAGUUGCUAUCUCCUCCUUCAGCUCGGCUGUGAGCAAGCUCAAGCUCUUGAACCCACCUUCAGUACUUUGUAUGAACUAGGUCAACUUCUCGCAAACACGCUUGAACUUCGUUCUUUGUUCGUACUGAGCGAGGAAAUUGCACAAGCUCUUAGCGAGGUGAUCAUUCGCCUCAUACACCUACUUGGCGAUAUCGCAAUAUUUUAUCAUCAACGUAUCAGCCGCUUGUCUAAGGAGACCGUGACGAUUGACUUCGAUCGCGAAUUUGGGGACCAACUAGAGGUAAUAUGCUCCAAGAGGGAACAACUCAUCUACAAAAUCUGGAGCUAUAAGCUCGGGGGUGAUAAUGUUGCAGGCGACGUAGUAUCGCUUCAUCGGGAGUUAGGCUCUGGUCAAACUCAUGUGAAAUCCUACCUCUAUGGUCGCAUAUCGGAUAAAAAGCGUCGUGUUGAAAGAACAUGUGAAUGGUUAGAAUACGACCUUGAAGAAUUCGCUGAAAAGGAUGAGAAAGUCCUUACAAUUACGGGAAGCCCUGGAUCGGGAAAAUCUAUGCUCGCAGCAUGGACACGACAGCAACUGGAAAGGCCAACUGGCCAUUUGGAGAAGCACAGGAUCAUUUCUUACGAAUUCACUGCCGAUUACCCCGAAAGAUCCACCACUGUUUCUGCUUUGAAGAGUUUGCUCUCACAAUUACUCGAAAUUAGCAUUGGAGACACUCAUCUUUUCGAGAAAUUAUCUUCUCUCUUGCCAGAGAAGCAUAAUGAGAAGGAGUUCGUCAGCCAAUUGUGGGUUAUACUCGAAGAUGGCUUGAAAACAAUCGAUAGAAAGAAAGCCAAGGUUGCAAUUGUCAUCGACGGCCUGGAUGAGAUCGUCGGUGGAGAUGUUGCUGCCUUGGAGUUCUACAAAAAUAUUCAUCAGGUCGCCAAAAAUCUAGAGAAAAUUCGCGCGUUCACAUUCUCUCGCCAUAUAUCGCACCUCGGCCAGUUCGAUAGUAGACAUAUCGUCGUUACCCCGGAGCUUGUCAACGAUGACAUCCAACGGUAUCUAUUGGAUGGUCUUUCCAAGCGUAGUGUUUACGCUUCCGAGAGCGACACCAAACGUCAGGAACUAUUACUUCAAUUGGUGUCUCGCGCCAAAGGCUCAUUCCUGUUUGCAUACUUGUCACUGAAAUUGAUCGACGCUGGUGUCGAUUUUGAUUCAUUCCACAAGUUGAUCCAGGUCACCAAGCCCGAUCCAAGUGAGAACCAUCAUAGCCUCCUUAAAGAGCUUAUUCACAGGACCAACUUGAAAGAUGCCCAUACUAACAGCCUCUUGACAUUCAUGGUUGCAACCGAGCGGCCGCUACAGCUUGAGGAAGCAGAAGAUUUAUUGAGCGUUGACCUUUCCAACCCUCGAGCAUCCUCGCGCGCUAACGUGCGCAAAGUACUGGCUGCUACCAAUGGGCUUCUAGUCGAGUAUAAAGGGAUGGUUCGGUUUAAACAUUCUAUCGUGCGAAAUUAUGUCCGUGAGCUUUGCGGAUCAGUACUUGUCUUACUCAAAGAUUCUCAUCGAAUACUGACGAUGACUCUAUUGCUGUUCGCCAAGAAUAACCUUACGCAAUCGUGCGAGCCGUCAUUUGACAUUGUGAAUAGAGGAACUAUCGACCAGGCCUAUAAUUCCCACGCUAUUAUGCAAUACAUCUCACAAUAUUGGAUCAUUCACUUUAAGAAAUCGUCACUCAUCAGUACGAAAGGGGAUUUGGCACUAACACAAGAUUUCAAGAGCGUUUUCCCAGAAUCCACGUUUUUCGUCAUGACAGAGUGGUAUAGCUGGCAAAGCCAUCCCACAUCUGAUUUCAUCCAUUUCCACGACUUAGCACUCAGGAUUCGCUCUGCCUGCUUUGGAGAGAAGCAUCGCACAAUUCUGCAGAGCCUCAUAAUCCUCGGUAUCACAUACCGCUCACGAUCAGAGGAUUUCAAAGCCGCUGAAUUUUUCUAUCGUGCAUCAUCUGUUGGCCGCACUGUACUUUACAAGUUCAGUCCUUUGGUGGUUUCCUGCACAGUUGCGUUUUUGACUUGCACUGAAAAGAUGUCUAUCAACACACGAACCACCCUUGUCACUUAUCGCGAGGAGAUGAUUCGCUUCUAUAUUGAGGUGUGCAAAGGACAAUAUGGCCGCCACUCUGACCAGGUCAUCCGGUGGAGCGAAGCCCUCGUUGAACUCUACCGAAGCAUCCGAGAAGAACAUAUGGCAGCAGUGAUCCUCAAAGAACUUCGUGAGAUAACCAUCAUUCGCUUUGGACGUGGCUCCGAUAAAACCCGUGGUCUGACUAGGGAACUUGCCGAAUUGAACGUUGUUCUUAAGAAAGGAAAGACGCAGCAGACCAAGGACCAGGACGAUGAGCUUCUCUUCGAAGCUAGCGAAGGGGCAGAACUGACAGAUGAAUGGCGAAUCGAGAUCAUCCUUCAGUUCGCGAGGGCCUAUGAAUCGGAACACAAAUUCAUCCUAGCGGAGAAGCUUUACGUCGCUCUUUGGAGUCGGAUCUGCACAGCUUGUCGACAGAAAACAACUGUUGAAUUGCAACUAGCUCAACUCAACAUCGCGCUUGAGUAUGUUCAUUUCUUACAGCGUCUUAAGCGAGGGAGCGAGGCUUGUAAUAUCAUGGUCUGUGUCUGGGCUGAAUACGAGCACCGCAAGUUCGAGUCAAAGAAAAUUCUCCUUCGCCUCAAGGAGCUAUCGGUGUUGUUCCGAAAAUUCGGAUUGCUCGCAAUCUCGGUUUCAAUUCUCAAGAAAGCCUGGAGCUGGUUCAAAGAACGUAAAAUGACCGAGACAGAGGAAGCGUACGAGACGACAACUAUUAUUACUGAAGUUGUUAAGGAAAUUACUGAGACAACUACCGAGGUGACUACCACUACGACUGAAACUGAGGCCGUUACCCGAGAAGUCUACGAGACUACUUAUACUCGAGCUAAGUCUGGCAAGGUGGACCGCCACUUCUUCAAAGCAUCCCUAGCCCUAGUUAACCUGCACAUAAAACUUCAACAAUGGUCUGAAGCCGAGGUUGUUCUCCGGCGGUCUUUGGAGAUUAUGUGGAAAGGUGUCCUGACUGUUGAUGAGAAAUUAACUCUCGAAGGGAGCUUCACCUCCGAAACAGUAACGACUGCGUUGAGCUUGGCUCUUUGCUAUCAUCGCCAGAGGAAGUUUGAUAAGGCACAGCAAAUCUACCUACGGGUGUGGAGAGCAUGCCUUGUUUCCUUGAAAGCCGAAGACGCCCUACUUAUUGAAACCACCACAAAGCUCAUAGCUUUCUACGAGGAAUUCCAUCGCUAUGAAGAGAUUAUCGAAACUCACAAACAACUUCUCCAACACUAUCGCCAGCAUCUUGGUGUAACGCACAAGUUGACUAUACAAGUCCUCUACAAGCUCGCAUCUACAUACCGUCUUCUUGGGCGUAAGGAGGCAUACGAGUAUUACUGCGAGAUUGUGAAAACUUACACUCACAACGGUAUUUGUCGCCAUGAGGGCUUUCAAGCCGCCAAUAUUGUCCUCAAGUACUACCGUGAAGAACAACGUUGGAAAGAGCUUCAAGAUCUCUGCGUAGUUCUAUGGACUAGCAUUACCAAACACCACCACGAGCGCAAGGUUUCGGAAGAAUUCGUGAUAACGAUAUACGAAGCGUACCGAUAUGUUCUAGAAUUCCAUUCUAAGGUGGAAUUUUCGGUCUUAUACAAGCUCACCGUCGAGUAUCGUGAGACCGUUAAGACUAUCUUCGGUGUUUCAGUUGCGAUAUACUUGACAGCGUCAAUAGCUCUGGCAGAGAUCUGCGAGAAGAGUGAGGAGCGUUAUGUUGAAUCGGUUACCAUCUAUGAGGAAGUAAUAACGAGGACGAAGACUGUUACCACCCUCACGGAGACCAAGAUCCGCACCAUUAAGAAGAGGCUCUCUACGCUAUAUGUCACCGUCAUUACACGUGGGAAGAAGACCGAGAAAUCCACUUUCGAACGAGCGAUUGAGGUGUGCUCCGAGACAUAUGAGCAAUACAAGAUCGAGUUUGGCUGGUGGCAUGAGGCGACGCUGCUCAAGUUGAAAGAACUAGUCUUGCUAUACAGUAAAUACGACGGUGGCAAGACGCAGGUCAUAGUUCAGAUGCUGCAAGAGAGUGUCGUCAAGAUACUCACUUCUACUACGGUCGCGAUUGAGCUAUAUAAAGCUGCUUUGACCAUUGCAUCUAUCUAUAAGACCGUCAAGCUUGAGAGUUCAGGCCAGGAAUUGCUUCGCCAAUUGCAAAUCCUGAUACUCUUCCCAGGCUUCGAUAUUUUGCAACAAAAGGUCGAUCUGAAGGUAGAUUUCAAGUUCACCAGGGUAGCCUUUGUAUUCCUCAUCGCUCUUGAAGAGGGCCUCCAUCAUCCGGAUGGAAAGCCUGGCCACGACCACUUCUCGCAGCUUAUGGCCGAUCUCAUACUAGAGUCUCUUCUUUAUGAGCAGUAUUACUCAGUAACAACCAACAUAACCGAAAAGACAAGCACUCAAACAAUUCUCGAGCACUCGGCUCGUUUACGUAGCCUCUGGGUUGCUCGUGGUCGUACAACCUUCGUUUCCGUGCUGGAAAGGAAUGUCCUAGCUAUCUUCACGGAACGAUACGCCAAGGAGUUAAGCUCUUAUGUAAACGACCCAAGCGCCGUUUCUGACCUAUGCUUGGCGAUACUCACUGAGAUUGGCGACAAUAGCACUACCGAGCGCACAACCAUCAACUUCGCAUUAGCAACGGUCAAGGCCAUCAACAACACUGUACGAAUAUUGAUGGUGGACCGCAAGGACUUCCUACGCGCUCAUGCAGUCGCGAAGUCUGGCUUCCAAUUCGCUAAUGCCCAACGUUUCUACCACGAUAAAAGCCGCGGCGUGAUCGGAUAUAAGCUCGCGCAGAUGCUUGCCGGUCACGACAUCCCAGGAUGGAAGCCGACCGAUGCAACGCAAAGAGAGUCUAUGCUUCAAUCAAGCCGUACCGUACUCCAAACUGUAUUUGCCGCUUUCCGUGAAGCUGGCGUCGACUUCGUCAGCCUACAUUUCGAGGACCUAUCCAGUCUUAUCAACUUGCUUGGCGACCAGAAGAACUACGGCGAACUCGAGACUCUCCUCAAGGCUCUCUGGCAGUCCCGAGAGAUCCAACGCAGCUGGUCCCCCGCGAAUGUUCUGCAAAUCGGACGAUUGCUUAUCGACGCGCACGUAUUGGCAUCACACAAUGACGAUGCCGUCGCAUUGGCCGAAAACCUCUAUUACAACGUGCGGGAAUCGCGUGGCGGUCUCGAUACCUACACUCUCGCUGUCGCCGACAAGUUGACUGUUCUACUAGCUCGCUUGGGCCGCUCGCGCGAAGCCGUUCGCGUCCAUAAUUGGGUUCUGCGCGAUCUUGAUGAACACAGUAUCUUCACUGCCAACAACGGUGAUGCGAAGGCAGAGAAAGAUCGUCUGCGCGCUACUGCCGACCAACAUCUUACCGGCUUGCGACGCUGCGGUUGGGCUUCCCGACCAGAGGGCGCACGUACUGCGACGGCCCUGCAUGCCAAGUUAGGUCAUCGCUAUGGUGGUCUGACGGUACCACCUGUUGAGAAGUGGGGUGCGGUUGAUCCUAAGAAAAAUAGGGACUUGACAUACUCGGAACCGACGACUUGGAGUCUCGAUGUUGAAAAGGAGACUACGAAGAGGGACUGGGUUGCUCCGGCCAAGGAGCGCUGGGGUUAUUUUGUAAGGACACCGGAGGUUGUUGCUUAAUUGGGGGAGUCGGAAUGGAAAUAACUGUACGAUUUGUGUAUUCGAAGGGAAUCGGCAGGUAAUAUGUUACGCUGUGGAGGAUAUGACGCUUCCGAAUCCCGGAUUUUUCUUUGCAUCCUCACUCUUUUCUUUUUACUUUGUUGACUUUGUUGAUUCUGUAUAUUAAUUCCGAACUGUACGAUCGGCUUCUCAAAAAUUUCAUAGUGUACCUGAUACUUCAUAAAUUCGCUCGGAUGUAUUCCUACUUCUGCUGACUCCGUGGUACAAUUUACCUUACUAGCAUCCGGGCUCAUUAUAACUGCAAUGCACCACAGCGCCCGUCCCCUAGAAAGGCCGACUUGCUACAGGGCGCUGUAAUGAAUUCGGGCUAUAAUUGCGGGGUGUGCGCUAUGAUUACAGUGAUAUCCUUCCCUUAGGCUGACAGUAAGUGAAAGACGAUUCACAUUGAGCGACGAGACCUUCGACCUAAUGCGUCGGAAUGGGGAUAUAUCGGAAACCAAUUUUAUAUAAACCCAUCUAUGCUAUGUGCGAGCGUUAUUUAAUCGAAUGAAAGCAUCAUAAAAUUGAUUUGGCAAGCGCAAG